AUGCGCGCGCUGCUCGGCGUCCCGACUCCCAUCUUCCUCCUGGUCGUGUACGGAUUGUGUCCGUCUAUGACGAUCGGGCCGAAGGAGGGCUGGCAGGUGUACAGUUCAGCUCAGGAUGCAGACGGUCGCUGUAUCUGCACUGUCGUGGCCCCGGAGCAGAACCUCUGUUCCAGAGAUGCCAAGAGUCGACAGUUACGCCAACUACUGGAGAAGGUCCAGAACAUGUCACAGUCGAUUGAAGUGCUGAACCUGCGCACUCAGCGGGAUUUCCAGUACGUCAUGAAGAUGGAGAACCAGGUGAAGGGGCUCAGGACCAAGUUCAGACAGAUCGAGGAAGACCGCAAGACCAUCAUGGCCAGAAACUUCAAGGAGCUGAAGGAUCGUAUGGAUGAGCUGCAGCCCCUGAUCCCUGUGCUGGAGCAAUACAAAACCGACACGAAGCUCAUCUCGCAGUUCAAAGAGGAAAUCAGGAACCUGUCAGCAGUGCUGACGGGGAUCCAGGACGAGCUGGGGGCAUAUGAUUAUGAUGAGCUUUACCACCGAGUGAUGAGCCUCGAGAGCCGUCUGCGCAGCUGCAUGAGCAAACUUACAUGCGGCAAAUUAAUGAAAAUCACAGGACCCAUGACCAUGAAAACGUCAGGCACGCGGUUCGGUGCAUGGAUGACCGACCCAAUGGCAUCUCCAAGAAACAACAGAGUCUGGUACAUGGACACAUACACCAACAGCAAGGUGGUGCGAGAGUACAAAUCCAUGGCAGAUUUUGUCUCCGGUCAAGAGUCUCGAACGUACUACCUUCCGUUUAAGUGGGCGGGUACCAAUCAUGUUGUGUAUAAUGGAUCGCUGUACUACAACAAGGAGCAAAGCAACAUUGUGGUCAGGUACAGCUUUGAGACAGGCCGUGUGUUGGCUCAGCGGGCGCUCGAGUAUGCUGGCUUCCACAACGUCUACCCAUACACCUGGGGAGGCUUCUCAGAUAUAGAUCUAAUGGCUGAUGAGAUGGGGCUGUGGGCUGUCUAUGCCACUAACCAGAAUGCAGGCAAUGUAGUGAUUUCUCGCUUGGAGCCUGAGACAUUGGAGCCUCUUAGCACUUGGAACACUGAGUACUCAAAACGCAAUGCUGGUGAGUCAUUCAUGAUCUGUGGAACACUCUAUGUUACCAACUCGCACCUUACUGGAGCAAAGGUCUACUACUCUUAUGACACAAAGACAUCCACCUAUGAGUAUGUGGACAUCCCCUUUCACAACCCUUACUUCCACAUUUCCAUGCUUGACUACAAUUCUCGGGAGAGGGCACUCUAUGCUUGGAACAAUGGCCACCAGGUUAUCUUCAAUGUCACGCUCUACCAUGUCAUCAAAACAGAAGAUGACUCAUAA